AUGGUCCACGCCAACGUCGCCCUCGUCUCUCGCGGAUUCCUCGGGUCUGCUCCUCAGAAGCCGACGGUCGCCAUCUCCUUGAAAACCCUCGAAGCUUACCGACAACUUCACCGAGCGUGCCCGCGCCUGAGUGUACAAGCGCAAGUCAAAGCACUUUGUUACUUACACGAAGUUCCUUUCAAUAAACAUCUAGUCAAGCAAUUCAGUGACGCCUACGACGUGUACCUCGACAUCCAGUAUGGAGUCGAUCGGUUGAUCGAAGACGAGCCGACACUCAAGUAUGCGCUCUUAGCCACAAUGGACGGCAACCAGUCCCUAAAGCUCGUCGACGACAUGUUUCGGCACGGUACUACCCGCGAGGAUGGGCGAAGUGCACGAACCGAUAUCUGGCUUUCGCCGGCAGAGGUCGAUCGGUUCAAGGAUGAGGCAGGCAAAAUUGACAGUCGUGGGGAAAACGGAGCGGCCGGUGGUGCGACGGCACAUGCAGAUCAAACCGCCGAUGAUCCCGGACGACUUGAUGAUCACAGCGACGACAUCGCGUGGCUGGAUCUGCCCGAGUCCGAAGAUGGUAAGCUCGAGGCCUCCGUCGACGUGUGCGUGGAGCGCUGGCGCAACGCGGGUCCCGAAGCGCGGAAGAAGAUGUUCGCCCUGUUCGCGAUGACAGGCAUCUUCGUGUGCUUAUGCCGCCAUGGACAACUGCUCAUCCUCUGUGACAUGAUCAGGAGUGGAGAACUCGCGAAAUACCCCCUCGCCAUCGUCAACAAGCUGAUGGAGGUCUACGGCCCCGACGUCUUGGUCGGCUACGACAUCGCAUGCGCCUUCGCCAAGACGCUCGCCAAGAGCUGCCUCGCGCCAGAUGCGCGUCGGCUCCGUAUGGCAGGUGUCGUACCGGCAUUCCACGGGCACGGCCACAAUCGCGGCUGCCAAGUCAAUUGGCAUCCCCUCUACAUGGAUGGCGUCGGUAAGGAGGACUUCGAGGGUUGCGAGCGCUGCUUCUCUGAAUCGAACAGCCUCGCCCCUGGGACGCGCCUAUCGUCGGUCUUCCACCGGGAACAGGCAAUCGAGGAACAUUUCCAGUUCUGGGGCGAGCAGAAGCAUUAUGAUUCGGGUGCGUUUUCUCGUCCGAGCAACAUUCAGACACUGACGCAUAUCUUAGGAAACUUCAUCUACAAUAAUUAUCGACAGGCUCUCGACAUCAUUCAAGAAGACGGUUGCGUACUUGCGGCCCUGUCAGCGGAGCUGAACACGAGCGACAAUGACUACGAGGAGUACCUGAGACAAGAGAGAGAGUACCUACGCGGUCGCAAAGCUGAACCACCCGAAGUUUCCCGCAAGCUGAUGUAUCUGGAAGCCUUACGAAGACUCGAGGAUGCGGGGUACCUCGACUUCAACAUCUGUCAUAACGGCUACACAACGAAGGAGAUCACACGGGUCCGGACGAAUCGAACGAACACCACAAAACGGUACUUCGAGACUGACGACGACUGCCAGGCGUACGAGAAGGAACUCGACAUCAGUGUGCGAUGGACGCCGAACAGCACGGAGUAUCAGGAAGCAUGCAAACUCCUGACAAUGCGCCAGUAUCAGCGCGCGGUGGAUGAGCUCGAACGACUUGUCGUCCAGCGGCUUUUCGAGCUCACAAAGCUCGGGAUGAGUGGCAUCGGUUACAAGCUCCGCGAAAAGAUCGGGAAGGCCCUUAAAGCACGCGCGCAAGCGAUCCAGAAAGCUCUCGGUCGAUACAAUGAGCAGGCUGCGCGUCUGACACCCCCGCGCGCAGCCCUUUCGUGGCAAGAAGUGGUAGGGAUGGUUUCCCUAGCUGACUUCGACCUUCUUCGUGAAGGCCGCGAGGACAUCCGUCAGAAGCCGUGGGCAAAACACUCGCAGCGACGUGCCAUGAACCUGUACUUCAACAUCAAGCGAGCACGCGAGGAGAUUACGCGCCUGAACGUCGAGAUUCGACGUCUGCUCACUCAUAUGUAUGAUGAACACGUUGAUUACCACGUCGCGGUGCAAGAGCUCGCUUCGACCAAUCCAGGCCUCGUGAUGGAGUUGAAACGACGAUGGCGUUAUCGUAACGAAAUCAACACCAGGAUCGCCUUCAAGCUGUUCAAGACGUCUCAACUGCGCGGCUUCACAGGAAGUCUUCACACUGGUCAACUGGCUCGUGAGGUAGAUGCAGAUGCAGCCGAGGAGGAUGAUGAGAUCGAACCGUUGUUGCCUGGAAUCGAGUUCGACCACGAUGCGAACGCGUACGUAGGAUUCCUCGACGACCUGGGUAGACAAGAUGUGGACAUUCGUACAGAGUAG